AUGGCCAACUCCAUAUUCUCACCAAAGCGCAAGUCUGCCGCCAUGGCAGAUGGUGAGGCUCAAAACGAAUCCAGCGACCAGCUGCUCAUCAAGGACGAAUUAUGCUCUGACUGUCACCGCGACCCAUUAGGAAGUCUCAGCUUUGGCCGCCAGCAUACACCCACACACAAUCCACCCAGCUGCACACUUCCACAUGAUACCAUGCACAGCCCCAUCAAUAGUCCCGGAUCCCCCAUUCUCGGCUCACUAGAUGCAUCCCCACCACCACCAUCAGCCCGCAUCACCUCAACCGCCAAGCUCACUGCGCUCCGAGCCGCUGCGGCUACCAAGCACGGAACCGCCAAAGCUACCGCCUCGGCAUCAAUUCAACCCAACACCCACCUCGGCCCGCUCGAUCAACGCUCCCAGAUCGCGCAGCGGGCUUCGCAUGUUGAGAAGCCAAGCACUCGCCGUCCAACCCCCCUUCCCACCACCGCGUCAACACCAUCAUCGAAGCAGCCCUGCGCGCUCAACGCGUCUACAUCUGAGAUAUGGGCGCCCCUAUCAUCUGAAUCACAGGGUGACUCGGCAGACUGGUACGCUUGGCAACCUCGGCACUAUACUGAUCCAUCUCGGGAUCAGAUUCACAAGCGGCUAAAGACUGCGGGGCAGAAGUCGGUAGCCCAGAGCGAUGAGCUCGAUGAGCUACCGGAGAAUGAGAUGACGAAGGUAACGAACGGGAUUGGCGGGCAGGCGGUGCCGAGGAAGGAGUAUGAAGACCAGCGAGGACACCAUCAUGAGCAGCACGAACGUCAUGACCAAGGCGACGCCCAAAUUGCCCCACAGCAGCAGCAGCAGCAGCGCCGCGAGGAUCACGGUAAUCCCAAGAGCAACCAAGAGCAACAAAGGCGGACGCAAGUGCGAGUCGACCAGACGCCGCCGGCCCGGCAAUUGACCCAAGAGCAGCAACAGCGCCCGGCACCAGCCCGACAUCACGUCACUGAAGAGGAAUCACGCACUACCCCGGCCCCCGCAUACCAUACCGCUCCGCCGCAGCUGCAGACGCUCAGCGGUGCCGUCCCGUCAUCGCAAAACUCGCUGGACGUACAGAAGCUCAUGACGUGGUCGUUGGAUAGAGAACUGCUGCCGCGGGUUCGGAAGGUCACGCACACGGUGACGACGGUGGUCUAUGAUUUCGAGCCUACCAGUACUGGUUUUGGUGCUACCAUCGAAACGGUCGAAGGCGGUACUGUCCGUCGGCAGCGCGAAGGCAACAACGCGGUACGUGAUUGGGGUUGA